GAUGCUUAGCUGUGGAGUACAAAGGCACAGAAUGUUGUCAACAAAGUAGGAUAAGCUCAGGUUAGACUGUCUAGGUGUGAAACUCAAGGAAAAGACCUUCUAGGUGCCCCUAGAACAUGUUGACUUUCACUGGAAGACAAGGGAGCCUCAUCUAAGACAUCUCAGACCUCAGACUAGAGGCAGAGGAAAGGGGCACUGGACUUUGGGUUAACAGAAAAAAAAUUCAUUCACAUCUCUAGUGGAACAAUCCCACAUAGAAACUAAUCUUCUGAAUGGGCCAUCAGACUCAGAUAUCUCAUCAGUGCCCUAAUGCCAUUCUCAAAGAAGGAGCUGUUGCAAUUUUUCUUCACUUUUAUGCUGUUUCUCCUGACCUUCCAUUGUGGAAUCCUACUGAGCUUCCUUAUCCUGAGCAGGCACUAUUUCUUCUGUUCAACCAGCUACCAGAUCAUCAAAAAGAGUAAAGUGUGUGACAAGCAAAAGAAUUGUAUCUUUGGAGAAGAUGAGAAGCAUUGUGUGGAGAGUAUCUCCAAUUAUGAAAACAUGCCCCUGGUAGGAGUCCGGCUCUCCAAGGACAGGUCCACUCUACAGGUGAUACACAGAGAGACACAACUCUGGUUCUCAGUCUGUUUUGACAACUUCCUAGAAGCCUGGGCUGAAAUUGCCUGCUCUGAGAUGGGCUAUAACAGGACCGGCACGAAUCCAGUUUUCCAAGCUGUGAAGAUUGGCCCAAAGCAGCAGUUUCCUGUCAGUCAUAUCAUAGCCAUAGACCAGGAGCUUCAAGUGUGGGAUUUCUCAAGGCCCUGCCUCUCAAUGGCCCUGGUUGCCCUUCACUGUACUGACUGUGGAGGGAGCCUGUAUAGUUCCCGGGUGGUGGGCGGGCAUGAAAGUUCUGUGAAGAGCUGGCCCUGGCAGGUCAGCAUUCAGUACAAGAAGAGUCAUAUCUGUGGUGGCUCCAUCCUUGACCACUACUGGAUCCUAACUGCUUCCCACUGCUUCAGAAUGUCUUCUGUCGUGUCCCUCUGGAAAGUAAAGGUUGGCAUUCACUACCUGUAUGCCAGAACCCCAUACUUGGACCUGGACAAAAUCUUUAUUGUCAAGCGCAACAUUUUUAACUCCCUAAGUAAUGACUUGGCCCUGAUCAAGCUGAAAAGGCCUCUUGUUAUGUCAGACAGAGUCAGCCCCAUCUGUCUGCCAUUCUUUGAUGAGGAUCUGGCUCCAAGUACUUCACUCUGGAUUGUGGGCUGGGGUUUCAAAAAUGAGAAAGAAGAAAGGUUUUCUGCAGUCCUGCAGCAAGCAAAAGUCCAACUCAUUGACAGAAACAAGUGCAACGAGAAUGAUGCAUAUUUUGGGGCAGUUUCUGGAAGUAUGCUAUGUGCUGGUAGUCCUGAUGGCUUCCUUGAUACAUGCCAGGGUGACAGUGGUGGGCCCUUGAUGUACUACAAGGAAAAGUGGCAAAUAGUGGGCAUAGUGAGCUGGGGCAUUGGCUGUGGGAAGCCCAACUUCCCAGGUGUGUACACCCGUGUCAAUUUCUUCCUCAACUGGAUCUAUAACAUCCGGAAGAAAUGAAGUUUCCUGCUGCUGUGAAGAUGCCAUUGGAAGCUGUUUUGCUCACCCCUCUUCCCUAAUCCUUUCCUCACUACAGGCUCCAGAACUUAGAUAUUUAUAAGAGUUCCUACCCUGAGCAGGAUCUCAUUUCUCAAAGACUGCUUCCUUCAAAGAUUUUGAGACUUUCCUGAUACACCUGAGGAGCCCAGGUUCAAAUGCCAAGCUCUAAGGAAGGAAAUCCAUAGCCACCAUCUCAACCACCAACUCCCAGUCCCCUCUCCUAGAGGAGAGAUACUCCUCUGAACCUAGAAGCCUUCUGAGCCUCUGAUUUCCAGAGUACUUUACUCUCUCAGUAUGGGCACAGGGUUGAAUGACUGUUCCCUCUUUUGGACUCCCAUCAUCCCUGAAAAGGGUAGGAGGGGAGAAAAGAGGACCAAGGCAGUUAGGACAUCACCUGUUCUGACAUCCCAGGGCAGAUGAGAACAUACAUACUUACCUGCUGUGGGGCUUGUGAAUACCACUACCAUCUUCACUGCUUUUGCCAGAAAAUACAGUGCCUUUGGGAUGCA